AUGUCUUCUGAGCGUUUCGACAAGUUGGUCUCGUACAUUCCUUACGUGACGACUUUCAUACUCGUCGCUGUCUAUUUCGUAUUCGUCGUGCCGCACAUCCAGGACUACAUCGCCACAGCCUCGGGCUACAUCACUGCCGCGCAGAAAGCAGCUCAUGCCCAGGAGUUCCCGAGAGGCUGCUCACCCCCGAUAACCUCGACAGAUGUCGACGCCGGUGCACGCAGGUCGCUGCACCAACGGCCCGAGUCCAAACCAUCCUCGCCCUAUCCGCGGCACGCUUCAACACCCAGCAUUCUGACCACAGAACUUCACGGGCCCAUACGCGACAUGGAGAGCCCCGUUGAAGAACCACCGACAGAGAACGAGCCAACAUGGCUCAACAUGCCGAACAAGCGCGCCCUAGUCAUCCUCGCGCUCUCGCGCCUCGUCGACUUUUGGCAAACGGCGUCCCUCUAA